ACGGCGCGGCGCGCUGCGGUUAGCGGUCGCGAGUCGUGGCACAAACCGCGCGGGUUCCCCGCGCCCGCUGACGGGGGCCACGCUGCCGCGCGCCGCUCGAUAGAUAAGCCUGUCCGGAUAGGUGCACCAUACGAUCGUCAAAAACGUGGACACACGAGUUAGCAGCGGCCAUUUUGAAGCGAAACGCCGCGUUCCCCCGCUGCGCGUCAGUAGCCCGGCGGCCGCCCGCUCGUGUGUACGAACGCGCAAGAUAGUAUACACUUUUUAAAACACGUUUUACACGUAAUUUUCUUACAUUUCUGCCGCAAUGCAGUUCGAAUAUGACCCGGACAGAUUGAUAGAGGAGGUGAAGAAACGGCCUGGCAUAUGGGACUACGACCAUCCCGACUACCGAGCGAAAAACAUGCGAUUCCAUCUGUGGAACGAAGUUGUCAUGGCGUUAAUGCAAACAACUAUGAAGUUGUCCAAGAGCGAAAUACGAGAACUAGAAAUCCAAUUGCAGAAAAAAUGGAAAAGCAUCCGAGAUUGUUUUCAAAAAUACUUAUUACGACCGAAUAGAACGCGGCGGCCGUAUAUCUACGCUAAACAACUGCAGUUCUUGUUACGAGAUCAAGAUUUACCGAGAAAAGACGAGAUUGAAGACGGUACGACGGAAUCAGACGAAGAAACUAAAGUUAAAAAAGUGUGGCGGUCUAGAAAAAAGUUGAAACUCAUCAAAGACGAGGAGCAGACCUCUGAGGAUGAUGUUGCAGACGUAGACACCAUGGUAGAUGUUAGAGAUGAAUCGAAUGAAACAAUGGAAAUAAACAUUCCACAAAAUAGCCAUUCAAAAAUGAGUCGAUCACAAACAGACGAAUUUGCGUUUGCCAGUGUAGAUUCACAGAAAACUGACACCGACGAUCCAGAUAGACUUUUCCUUUUAUCGUUGUUACCUCAUAUGAAAUCUAUACCUGAAGAAUUUCGACUGAAUGUCAAAAUGGAACUGAUGCAAGUGUUGAGGAAUGCAAAUUAUGCAACUUCUAAGGAGCACAAGCUUAUUUAACUGAUUAUGAGAUAAUUUAAUAUAAUUAUUUACGUACCGUUAAGUUUAAAGUUACUUGUUAAGUUUACCUAAUGUCAUAGUUAUAUAAAUACUUUUAUAAAGACAUAGAUUAUUAAAACUUUCCAAAAUAUAGUGAUAUUAAAAUAAA